AGUGCCGCGGGCACCGAUUUAGCACCCUUGCUAUGAAAUAAUUGAUAACGUAAACCGUCAAUAUAUUUUAGUAUUGUUUCCAACAAAGGUUAAUUAAAGAACUUCAAAUAAUUCAAUUCCAUAAGUUCCAUAAUCAUAUAAAAAAUUUUAAAUUCCAAAUCUUUUACUUAGAACAGUAAAAUUAUAUUAUAUGAAAUUUUUCACAUACGGAAUAAAAUUGCCAAUAGAUAUAUUUUAUAUACAUAUUCUAAAAGAGCUAUUUCUUUUUGUUCUUCAUUUGUUCUUAGUAUCAUUACUUUUUUUACACAGAGCAUCUUUCUUUGCGAAAUCACAUUUUAUAACUGACAUUGAUACUAUUUUCAAUGCGUUUGAGUACACGACAGCUUCUGGUCAUUUCGCGAAAACUAAUCAUAAUGUAAUCGAGAGACAAAUCUCUAUCUAAAGUAAAUGGUAAUAAAUAUCUAUUAAAUAACACAUGUAAUCAUUUUUUGAUAAAGUUAGUGCAGGAUCAAGCUUACUGAAUAAUUAUUCUUGUUGUUACUGUUGCAAUUACGUGUAAUUAUGCGUUUAUAAUACUUCAACCAAUAAAUCGUAAGUCAAGAUACCAUGGAGGUUUUGUUGUUACUAAAUUUUACGCUACAUGCUUGUCAGUGGUCAGUUUCAACUAUAAAAUCAUAAAAUGGGUGCAAAUAUAUCACAAUUAGAGAGAGAUAUUGGCUCUGAUCAAUUUCCACCUAAUGAGCAUUAUUUUGGUUUAGUCAAUUUUGGAAAUACCUGUUACAGUAAUUCUGUAUUACAAGCAUUAUAUUUUUGUCGGCCAUUUAGAGAAAAAGUUCUUGAAUAUAAAGCUAGAAAUAAGCGAACAAAGGAAACAUUAUUAACAUGUUUAGCAGAUUUGUUUUACAGUAUUGCAACGCAAAAAAAGAAAGUGGGGUCUAUAGCUCCCAAAAAGUUUAUUGCCAGGUUAAGGAAAGAGAAAGAGGAAUUUGAUAAUUAUAUGCAACAAGAUGCGCAUGAGUUUCUGAAUUUCUUGAUAAAUCACAUAAAUGAAAAUAUUUUAGAGAGAAGUCAGAGUAAACCGCCUGGGGGAAAGUGUGGAGCAGGAGAUGCAGGUUCACCAUCAGAACCUACAUGGGUUCACGAAAUAUUUCAAGGAAUCCUGACAUCAGAAACACGCUGCCUUAAUUGUGAGACUGUAUCAAGCAAAGAUGAGGACUUUUUUGACCUACAAGUUGACGUAGAUCAAAAUACUUCAAUCACUCACUGCCUCAGAUGUUUCUCUAAUACUGAAACCCUUUGUAGUGAUAACAAGUUUAAGUGUGAUCACUGUAGCAGUUAUCAAGAAGCACAGAAACGAAUGAGAGUGAAAAAAUUACCCAUGAUAUUGGCAUUGCAUUUGAAGAGAUUUAAAUAUGUGGAACAAUAUAAUCGUUACAUCAAAGUUUCUCACAGGGUAGUUUUUCCUUUAGAACUACGGCUCUUUAAUACCAGUGAUGAUGCGGUGAACCCAGAUCGAUUAUAUGAUUUAGUCGCAGUUGUGAUACAUUGCGGAAGUGGGCCUAAUCGAGGACACUAUAUUUCAAUAGUUAAAAGUCAUGGGUUUUGGUUGCUUUUUGAUGAUGAUAUGGUUGAUAAAAUUGAUGCAUCUACCAUAGAAGACUUUUAUGGACUUACAUCAGAUAUUCAGAAGAGUUCUGAAACUGGUUAUAUCCUAUUCUACCAAUCGAGAGAUUGCAGUUAGAAUUUAAUAUAAAUAUAUAGCAAAGUAAAUAAAUCCUAUAUAGUAAUUUCAUAUUUUAUCAAAGUACAGUAUAUAAGAUUAGAAAUGUUAUAUGUUAGAUUAUUUAUAAAAGCAAAGUAUAUACAAAAUAAGUUUAAUUAUAUUUUGUUCAUAAAAUAUAGAGAAAUUCAUUAGCUUUAUGGUUAUUCAUUGAUAUAAUCGCCUUGAUAAAGAUGAACACUUUUUUAUUAAGAAAAUAAGUUAAUAAUUUAUAUAAGAAAUAUUUAUUUUAAUUUUAAUAAGAAACUAGUCUACCUUGAUAA